CGUCUGGGGGGACGAAAGCCCUCAGUCGACUCUAUGGGUGGAUGGUAUCUACGAUAAGUAUCUGUCGAUCCGGCCAAAUCUCGCAGCGGCGCUGGAUCGCCUUAGAAGGAACAUGAUUUGGUGCUGCAACCCUGUGUGUCCUUGCCGAGUGGGUUUAACCCCUGGGGAGGAAGACGUCGCAUGUAGUAGUAUGGGCUGGGUGUACCCGAACUACCUCUGGGUCGACGCUAUUUGCAUCGACCAGAGCAACAGCUCCGAACGAGCUCAGCAGGUAGCGUUGAUGCACGAGAUUUACACCAAGGCUUCUAGCGUCAUCGCAUGGGUCAGUGAAGAAGACGAGUAUACUGUUCCGGCACUCCGCUUCAUAUACGGCUUAUCCUCUCAGUGGGACGAGAAAGGAGACGUCGCCUUGGACGCCGUCCGACAUUUGGCACAUAAUUACGACUUUAAGCCAUUUUGGGUUGCGCUCGGUCACUUCUUUGCCAGGCCUUGGUGGGAGAGAAUAUGGAUCGUUCAAGAGUUCGGUUUGGCCUAGGAGAUUGUCUUUGUAUGCGGCCGGUGGGCUAUCGAGUGGGAGCAGAUGUGCAAAACGACCACACUUUUACUCAGCGACCAGACAGAUCUCCUCGAAGAGGCGAC